AAUAACCUAAUAAGGAUAUCUUGUAAUAGUAAAUGUAAAAGAAAAUAAAUAAAUAUAUUUUACAGAUCAACCACAUCCGGCACUUGACCGACUAUAUGAUGUAUUGUGCGGACGGACAAGACAUGCCCACGCCCGACGACGACUUCCGACCUCAGAUACCGGCCAUCAUACGCAAGGAUCUCAUGCAGCUGCUGAUGAAGCGGCGGCGGGCGCGCGCGGCGCAGGCGGUGGCGGAGGCGUGGGAGUGGCGCUCCGUGCCCGAGGACGAGCUGCUGGAGAUGUCGGCGCCCGACAUGGCGGCGCAUGCGCUGCUCUACCCGCUGCACGUGCCCAUCGACCUGCGCCCGCUCUCCAGGGAACACCUGCGGGAACUCAAGCAACAGAACGACCAGCUCAAACUGCUCGUCAGCAGGAUCCCCGUGUCGUCGAGUACAGAGAUGGCAUGCACGCUGUGCAACACAAACCCGAUGCCGAUGCACGCCAUGCGCAUACACCUCUACUCCAACGCUCAUCAAGAGAAGGAAGAGGACUUCCCUCAUAUUCCAAAUCAUAAACAUAUAUUAUUAUUAUUGUUAUCUAUAAACUACGUGAUAGAAAAAAUCUUUAAAAA